GCUGGACUGAGAGCUUUGGACGGCAUGGUUGAAGUCAGAAGGGUGAUGUUUGGUACGCCUGACUCUUUACUGGUGAUUCUUUCAGUGGAAUGUACUUUUUCUAUUGAUAUCUGCUACUGCUAUGAGGCAACCCUCCAGUGCUUAAAUGCUUAAAAGGCACCCAGGAGAAGGUACCUUGGUUUGUUUAUGGGGACCUGUUUUUGACACCCUAAAAAUUGAUUAUCUUGAUUUUUUUUGUUGUGAUUUGCUAGAGAGAUGUAUUUUGACUUCUAUUAUUCCUUCUAUACUUAAAUUUCACCCAACUUUUUCUUUUGAUCUUAUGUUUGCUUUUCUGGUACCCUGGUAAUACUUUAGUGUUGUGGUUGGGUUCUGCUUAUUUAGAUAGCCUAUGUUUGAGUGCUUUUUAUGUGUUUUUUUUUUUAAUUUUAUUUAAUUCUUUUGACCUUCUAGAGAUAUGCAUGUCCUAAUGAAAUUGCAUUAUAUCUGAUCCAUGGUUCAAUUAUUUUGGAGGCAGUUGCACUGCUCGUUUAGGAGUCAGCUUGAAGUGAAAGUCUAUAUCAGGUGUAUAACCUGUCUUCCCAGCCCUUGUUGUUCUCCACGCGCCUAAAAGCGUCUCUUCUAACAAAAGGGGCCUGGGGUCAAUUUCUAGCGCUCACUUUCUCGAUGUUGACGAUCCAACCGCUACCCUUUCUUUAAUUUGGUUUUCCCAUGAGCCAACUGCUUCCUUUCUCUUCUUUAAAAGUCUUUGCUCUAGAGAAAUCCCAUAUAGAGCACGCUGUAUAUAUCUCUCUCUCUCUCUGUCUCUCGUCAGCAUGUAAAGGCACAAACAAGCUUUGCCUUGUUUGUUCUCUUGUGUGUUAAAAGCCUCCUUUCGUGUUAGAGAGAGAGCUUAUUCAAUUUAAAGGUUUGUUCAUCAAACAGUCGAAAGAGUAGGCUUAUGGGAAAGAAGCUCGAUGCCUUGCUUGGAAGAGCCUUCAAGCCCUCCAAGUUCAAAUCACUUGUCAGUCUUGCCAUUUCUCGUCUUGCUGUUUUCAAGAACCAGCGUCAGGUCCGCUGCAACCAGGCUCGCUCCGAUGUUGUGCAGCUUCUUGAACUUGGCCAUCAUGAUCGGGCUCUUCUUAGAGUUGAGCAGGUGAUCAAGGAGCAAAAUAUGUUGGACGUGUUUGUUAUUCUGGAAGGUUAUUGUAAUCUCGUUAUUGAAAGAGUCCAUCUCAUUGGGCAAGAGAGAAUAUGUCCUGACGAGCUCAAGGAAGCAAUAUCUGGAUUGCUUUUUGCAUCUUCAAGGUGUGGGGAUUUUCCCGAGCUUCAAGAGAUUCGUGCUGUUUUCAUGUCUCGCUAUGGAAAAGAAUUCGCUGCUCGUGCCUUUGAGUUGCGCAACAAUUGUGGAGUGAGCACUAAGAUUAUACAAAAGCUCUCAACCAGACAACCAGACUUGCAGAGCAGAAGGAAUGUUCUCCAGGAGAUUGCUGUUGAGAAUGGCAUUGCUCUACAAGUUGAUGAUACCUCUGUUUCCAGUGAGGAAAAUUUGGAUUUAAGCAACAAGCAAAGCCAGCCCAAGCUAGACACAUCAGCUAAGGCAAGUGGCAGUGCUGGAGAUGACGCUGAGUUCUUUGAUUCAACAAAGGCAAGGAAAAAGUACAGGGAUGUAGCUGAUGCAGCUCAAGCAGCCUUUGAGUCAGCUGCAUAUGCGGCUGCAGCGGCAAGAGCAGCUGUUGAACUCUCUCGGUCUGAUUCCCAUAAUCCCGACGAUCAGAACAUUCCCAAUAGUCAACACAAAAAAUUGUCUGACAGACAUGAAUCCAAUUCUAAAUAUAAGGAAACUCAUCAUGGUGGUCAAGCAGAGGAGUUGAAUCAGAGCAAGAAGACAUCAGAAAUCAAGAUGUCAAGUCCCUCUUCAAGUGAAGGCUCAGCAGAGGGAAACGUGGACCUUAGGACAAUGUCCUUGGAUGAAGUGGACCUAAUCAAGCUAUUGGACAAGGAAGUGGUUAUUCCUGACGGUGACGAUGAUAACUAUGAUUCCCAUGGUUCGAGUUUUGAUAUGUUCCAAGGAAACUUCAAGACAAGCUCCUGGAUACAGACAAGGAUGAUGAGCCCUCAGAAAAAACUGGUCUGAUGUUUCAGUACUCAUCCAAUAAGCAAAUUCCUUCAAUUCUUCAUGCUGGCUUGAAGGUGGAGAUUGGACCUGAAAACCCCACAGAACAUGCCACUGAAAGUUCUGGGAUGAAAGUUAAAUGACACUUUACCGAAAAUAAGGGGCCGUUUUCUGUGAGGACUGGGCAAGUGCGUGGGUAUUGAGCAGCAUGAGCUUGUUGAAUAUUUGUGACUUUGCGAGUUGCAUUAUAGGAUUGGCUGAGUCUAUAAGUUGGUUUUUGUUCUUUGAUUUUUCUUUUGUUGAUUUUCUUAAGAUGUAAACUCAAUGUAUAAUAUUUUUGGAAUGAUUUUUGAAUUUCUUUUUGUGAAGCGAAAGAUUUUCGAAAACUACUCA